AUGGGGCUCUGGGAGGAGCCGGGGUGUCCCCCUGGAAGAGAAGUGGCCCCUCCACUCCUCAGUUCCAACACGGUCACUCUCAGUUGCCCAGGCCACACCGCACCAGCAGCCCCAGCUUUCCUUUCUGCUGGCCUCGGGGUACUUGCGUCCUCAGAGCCCUACACCCUGCCCAUGACCAGCUCCAGCUGGGAGCCCCGGCUGGACUCCCCAUUCCCGUCGGGCCCUUCGACCGGCUCUGCAGGGACCCAAGUCGUGGCCGAGCCCAGCAAGCAGGGACCCAAGAACCCACGUGUGUCCAGCGUGACAGUUCAGCUGGAGAUGAAGGCUCUGUGGGAGGAAUUCAACCAGCUGGGCACAGAGAUGAUUGUCACCAAGGCAGGCAGGCGGAUGUUUCCCACCUUCCAGGUGAAGAUCCUGGGCAUGGACACGUUGGCUGACUAUGCCUUGCUCAUGGACUUCGUGCCUCUGGAUGACAAAAGAUACAGGUACGCCUUUCACAGCUCAGCCUGGCUGGUGGCAGGGAAAGCGGACCCGGUCACACCCGGCCGUGUGCACUUCCACCCGGACUCGCCGGCCAAGGGCACGCAGUGGAUGCGCCAGAUUGUGUCCUUCGACAAGCUCAAGCUGACCAACAACCUGCUGGAUGACAACGGCCACAUCAUUCUCAACUCCAUGCACCGCUACCAGCCCCGAUUCCACGUGGUCUUUGUGGACCCGCGCAAGGACAGUGAGCGCUACGCCCAGGAGAACUUCAAGUCCUUCAUCUUCACGGAGACCCAGUUCAUGGCCGUGACAGCCUAUCAGAACCACCGGAUCACCCAGCUGAAAAUUGCCAGCAACCCUUUUGCCAAGGGCUUUAGGGAGACUGACUCGGACUCCUGGACUGUAUCUCCACGAGCCCUGCUCAGCAUCGCGGCCCGGAGUCACAGCAGCCUCCGCCCCUGCCUGCUGAAGGGCCCUGCAGAGCAGGAAAAAGACCCCAACAAAGCUCCAGCCUCCAACUCCAGGACAUCUGCCCAGGUGCACCAUCAGCUGCUGUCCCCCACUGAUACUCUGCUGGCCCCAGCCACCUACCAGCCCCUCAACUACCAGGGCCUGUACCCUGGAGCCUCAAGUCCCCUCAGAAUCCCAAGGGCCCGACCCACACCGUAUCCCCUCCCAAAUAUUCAGGCCGGCAGAGAUCAGGAAGGCCUGCCCCUCCCAGCUAGGUUGGAGCUCCUGUCCCCCACCGCCGUGUGCUUGGGGCCUGUCCAGGACCCUCAGUGA